GGCAGUCGCCACCACUCGUAUCAGUGCCCAUCUUCUCCUAUUUAAAUCUCUCUCUCACUCUCUCGCUGUCGCUCGGUCGCUCCCUCCCUCCCUCUCUCUCUCUCUCUCUAGCUCGAUCCCGCUUACGCCGUGCUCCGGCCACGAUUCUCUAGGGUUUCUUCCACCUCGUUCCCCGUGUGUCGUGGUUGCCCAUGGCGUUCGAUGCCCUUCGAUCUCCGUCGGACUUCGAUUUUCGGGAGAAGCUCGUCUUCCCUCGCUCUGUCCCCGUGGGCGUCGCUCCCUCCUCUCCCGAGCUCGACUCUCCUGACUCCCCGGCCUCCGGAGGUUCCACGAGGGACGUCUCCAUCGCCAGCGACCUCGAAUCGCCGGACAAUGCCGGGACGGACGGCGACCUGUGCGUCGAGCGCGAAAUGCCGUGCUGCUCUGCUCCCGACACUCGUGACGACGACGGCGACGACCGCUCCUGCCGCUCCCGCGAGUUGAUUCUCGAGCCGCAUGCUGGCCUUUCGCCCGGCGGCGGUUCGGGCGGCUCCCCGGUGGCUGUGGGAGGAGAGUCGGCGGUGGCUGUGGUUGGUGGUCAGAAGCAGUCGGGAGCUGAGGCGGGAUCGAACGUGCUCCGUUCGCCGGAGAGCGUGCCACCUGAGUCGAGUGCUGCGGUGAAGCUGCAGAAGGUGUAUCGGAGCUACCGCACGCGGCGUAGGUUGGCGGACUCCGCCGUCGUGGCCGAGGAGCUGUGGUGGCGAGCACUAGAUUUCGUGAGAUUGAAUCGCAGUACCAUUUCUUUUUUCAAUUUCCCGGAAAGUGCUGCUUCGAGGUGGACUCGUGUCGGCCUAAAUGCUUCCAAGGUGGGAAAGGGUUUGUCCAAAGACGCUAAAGCACAAAAAUUGGCUUUUCAGCAUUGGAUUGAAGCUAUUGAUCCCCGGCAUCGCUAUGGGCAUUGCCUGCACCUGUACUAUGAAGAAUGGUGCGAAGCGGAAUCAGGACAACCAUUCUUUUACUGGUUGGAUAUAGGGGAUGGCAAAGAGCUUGAUCUUAAAGAGUGCCCGAGAUCAAAACUUCGACAGCAGUGCAUUAAGUACCUUGGACCUCAAGAGAGAGAAAACUAUGAGUAUGUUGUCGUCAAGGGGAAGAUCAUCCAUAAACAAUCUGGAGAAUUCCUUCAUACAAAGAAAGGUUCAGAAGAUGCUAAAUGGAUAUUUGUGAUGAGUACUUUAAAAAAGUUAUAUGCUGGUGAGAAAAAGAAAGGAGUAUUUCAUCAUUCUAGCUUUCUGGCUGGAGGAGCCACUAUAGCGGCUGGAAGGUUAGUAGCAGAGCAUGGAGUGCUUAAGGCCAUCUCUGCUUAUAGUGGACACUACCGACCAACUGAAGAUAGACUUGACAGCUUCUUAUCCUUUCUGAAGGAAAAUGGAGUCAACCUGGACAAAGUCGAGAUACGUAAGGCCAGUGAUGAUUCUGAAACGUAUGAAGAUAACAAACCAAGUGUAAGGGGAAGUUCAGUUGGCACUUCUGAAACCCCAGAACUUUCCCAACCUGAAAUUUCAAAAGAAGAGACGGAGAGUGUAUCUGUUGGGUUAACAGAAGCCACCAACCCUCAAGAGAGUAGCAUUUACAAGAGGACCUUGUCUGGUGGUCUACAGAGCCCUAGAGCCGAGGUACCCAAGAAGGCAAUCUUGCAAAGAAUAAAUUCCAAGAGUGUGGCAAGAUCGUAUCAACUAGGGCAUCAACUCUCACUGAAAUGGUCAACAGGUGCUGGUCCUAGAAUUGGAUGUGUUGCCGACUACCCAUUACAACUAAGGCAGCAGGCACUGGAGUUUGUUAACCUUUCUCCUAGAUGUCCGCCUACUCCUUCGGCCUAUCGAGAUAUUGCCAUUCUCUCCCCCUCAGGCCUUUGUCCCUCUGCAUGAUUCAGCAGUGGCUGUGGGGCCUCUGCCUGAAUCGGAAUAAUCAUUAUCCAUCAUGCGGUAUCGGAAGGCUAUUGUGGAUGGAAAUAUCUCUCCCUACUACUCCUAUCCUCUCCAAAGUGCGUAGAGCAUUAUACUUUGUAUGUUCAAUUGUCUGGUAAUCACUGCUCAUCCACUAUAAUGAGUAUCGUGAAGUUUUAGUGCUCCAACAUUCGUGUCUGAUGGUGAGGUGGCCUAUCUAUAACCUGAGACUUAGUGUCACGUGAUCAAAGUGAGAUGACAUGUUUUUCCAUCCUGAAAUCAUUGUAGCUUUCAUGCGCA